UUGGACUUUAGGUUAGGUUAGUCACUUGAUUGUUUAUUUUGAUUGGUAACUGACAAAAGGCUUGGCGAAUUUAGCGAUAAGAGAUUAGUUAAUAGUGCUGAUAUUUUAACGUUCUGACGCAUUAUGAGUCAAUAUAAAGAGCCUCCACCCCCUUAUAGUGCUGAGUACCCGGCUGUACAUCAGUAUGGGCCUCCGCCUCCAGGAGCAUACCCACCCCCAACCGCACAGCAAUUCUACCCUGCUGCGCCUCCUGCUGGAAACUACUAUGGGCCUCCGCCCCCACAAGCUCCCUUUCCACCCCAAGGUUAUGGGGCCACUUCGACCACCAUUGUUGUGGAAAAUCCCGAAGUGAUAGUCAUUGGUGCCUGCCCUUCAUGCAGGGUUGGUGUUUUGGAAGAUGACUUCACUUGCUUGGGGGUUUUCUGUGCCAUAUUUUUCUUCCCGUUGGGUAUUCUCUGCUGUUUGGCGAUGAGGGAGAAACGUUGUUCCAAUUGCCACGCAACGUUUGGUUAAUAAUACUGGAAAUGGAUAAAAUAGGACACAUUUUUAUGAGAACAUAGUUUCCAAAGUUAUGCAAUGUAAUAUAGGCGUUGAUCAUAUCUGUUGACCUGUUUAUGCAAACUGUUAGGUUUUAUUGCUUUAUGUUAUUCUAUGUCCUGAUAAUUGAUCUGUUUCGGACCCACAUUUAUAUAUGUAUCUACAAUACUUUUAGUUUGAUUGAGGGAUUUUAAAUAUCAAUAUAUUUCCUUAGGUUCUAACUUUACCGACAAAAAUAACAAGUUUCUGUCUAUAAGUUUACAUCAUAAGUUUAAUGGAAAUGUAUAUAUUUACUAAAGUAUUCAUUUGAAUAAAUUAAAGUGGUUUGUUUUACUGAAAGUAAACAACUCAAACGCA